AUGUCUGACGACGUUGCCGCGCCCGUCGAGCAGAAGGCGCCUGAGACCUCAGAGCCGAGCGCGCCUACUCCUGCUGUUGAUGCUUCCGACGCUGCGCCUGCCGCUGACGCGAAGGCCGACGAUGCGCAAGCACCCGCCACCGAGAAGGAGGACAAGCCUGCUACUGCCUCAGAACCCAAGAAUGCAGCAGACGAGAAGCCAGCUGCUGACGCUGACGUCGAUAUGAAGGACGCCUCUGAAUCAGCUGAGAAGCCUUCCGAGCCCGCCGAGAAGAGCGAGGAGUCCAAGCCUGAGGCGCAACCCGACGCGGAACACAAGCCAUCAGAGGAGCACGGGUCCUCUGCUGCUGCUGCUGUCGCCGAGGACAAGCCGGCAACGGAAGAGGGAACCGCCGAUAUGGCCGACGGAGACAGCACUGCUGUUCCGGCAGCAGAGUCUACACCAGCCAGCAAGAACCGGAGGAAAUCCGCCGUGGCAAGCACGGGCAAGAAGCUGAACAAGAAGAAGUCAAUGGCCAAGAUCCUGCACCUCGACGCAAAGCCGGGUGAUCACUUCUUCGCAAGACUCAAGGGCUUCCCCCCGUGGCCUGUUAUUGUUUGCGACGAGGAGAUGCUCCCCCAGAACAUGAUCAACUCCCGACCUGUCACCGCUGCUCGCCCCGACGGCACUUACCGCGAUGACUAUGCUGACGGUGGCAAGAAGGCUGCUGACAGGACUUAUCCUGUCAUGUAUCUACAGACCAACGAAUUCUCAUGGACUCGCAACACAGACCUCGAUGACCUCGACCCCGACGUUGUCGUAGAUCUCGUUACUCCCAAGAUGCGCAAGGACCUUGCGGCCGCGCAUCACCUAGCCAAGGAGCAGAACAACAUCGAGCACUAUAAGCAGGUUCUGUUUGACUUCCAAGAGGCCAAGAUAGCCGAGGCAGAGGCAAAGGCAGCGCGAGCCCGUGCCAAGAAGGAAAAGACAACCAAGAAGAGUGAACCUAAAGCCACCGAAGACGACGACACCGAGAUGCCUGACGCCGAUGUUCAGGAAGGUGAAGAGUCAGAUGGAAGCAAAGCCACCAAGAAACGUAAGGCGGAAGACGAGGGUGCCACUCCACAGCGCUCCGAAUCUGUCAAGAAGCCAAAGAUCAAGUUGACCACAUCCGCCACCCCGAAGACCGCCACCAACGGUGCGCAAUCGCCCAAGGAGGCCGCCACCAAGGCUACCAAGGCCAAGUCCAAGUCGUCCAAACCUGCGAAGGAGGCGGCAAAGGAAACCGACGGCGAGAAGACGAAGAAGGAGGCGGCGCCCAAGGAGCCUGAGCUCACACCAGAGGAGAAGCACCAGCGCAAGGAGAAAGAAAUUCUGUUCCUGCGGCACAGGCUCCAAAAGGGACUCCUCAACAAGGACGCCCAGAUCAAGGAGUCGGAUAUGCCAAAUAUGUCGGAAUACCUCGGCAAGCUCGAGGCUUUCCCAGAUUUGGAGGCCAACAUCAUCCGCGUCACCAAGAUCAACAAGGUAUUGAAAGCCAUGUUGAAGCUGGGCGAAAUCCCCAAGGAGGCCGAGUUCAACUUCAAGCCACGGUCGCAAGCGCUGCUGGAAAAGUGGAAUAAGAUUCUAGCUACCGAGCAACCGCAAGAGGCCGCACCGGCGAAUGGAGUCAACGGCACUUCUGGGGAUUCAAAGGAGAUCAAGGAGGUCACAAAUGGCGUCAACGGCGUGGGCAUUGGCGAAAGUUCCAAGGAAGCGACCAAGGAAGAAAAGUCGGGAGAAAAGGACGAGACCAAGGAAACGUUGAAGACUGAGGAGAAGGCAGGAUCCCCACCAGCUGGUGAGAAGCCAACCGAAGAGACUGCCUCCGGUGAGCCAUCUACCGUCGAGUCGGCUGCUUAG